AUGACUCUCUUGCCUUCCCAACCUCACCAUGAUGACUAUUCAAAUCCUAUGGACCCUCUGGGCCCAGAGGAAUUAAAGCUGGCUGUGGAGCUUGUGCGCAAGUCCUUCCCCGAGCACAAGUAUAGCUUCAAUGUGAUUACCCUGAGCGAGCCUCCCAAGUACGAGUAUUUGGCCUGGAAGCAGUAUCCCAAUGCACAGCCUCGCCCCGAUCGGAUUGCACUCGUCGUGGUUUUGGAAGCUGAUGUUUCAGGACUCGUAGAGGGCAAAGUCAAUUUGACCAAACGAUCCAUCUUGGAUUGGCAACACAUGACUGGUGUUUGUCCCAUCAUUACCGCCGAUACCAUGGAACAAACCGAAUCGGUUGUUCGCAAUGAUCCCAAGAUUCAAGAACAAUGCAUUUUGUCCGGUGUCCCCGCUGAUGAAAUCGACCACGUGUAUUGUGAUCCUUGGACCAUUGGUUAUGAUGAGCGAUUUGGCAGUAGCCGUCGUCUUCAACAAGCCCUCAUGUACUAUCGAUCCAACGAAGACGAUUCCCAAUACUCCCAUCCUCUCGACUUUUGCCCCGUCAUCGACCCCGAUGCCAAAAAGGUCAUUGCUAUUGACAUUCCCUCUGUCCGCAGACCCUUAUCCAAGCAUAAGCACUCCAAUUUCAACCAGAAAGAUGCCGAAGAGGAGUAUGGCAAGAUGCGCGAAGUCAAGCCCAUCGCCAUUGCCCAACCCCAGGGAGUCAACUUUACCCUCAAAGGACGUUACAUUGAAUGGCAAAACUUCCGUUUCCACAUUGGCUUCAACUACCGUGAAGGUAUUGUCUUGUCCGAUAUCACCUACAACGACCAUGGCAACGUUCGCCCUCUUUUCUAUCGCAUGUCCCUUGCUGAAAUGGUUGUCCCUUACGGCAACCCAGAACAUCCCCAUCAACGCAAGCAUGCUUUUGACUUGGGUGAAUACGGUGCCGGCUUCCUUACCAAUCCUUUAGCCUUGGGCUGCGAUUGCAAGGGUGUCAUUCAUUAUUUGGACGCCCAUUUCGUUCGCCAUACCGGUGAAGUCCAGCAUGUAAAGAAUGCCAUUUGCAUCCACGAAGAAGACGAUGGCGUCCUCUUCAAACACUCCGAUUUCCGUGAUCAGUUUCAAACUACCAUCUCCACCCGUGGUAUCAAGCUCGUCGUUUCCCAGAUUUUCACUGCUGCCAACUAUGAGUACAUGAUCUAUUGGACCUUCCACAUGGACGGUGUCAUUGAAUGCCAACUCAAACUUACUGGUAUCCUCAAUACUUAUGCCAUGAAUCCAGACGAGGACACCAAUGGAUGGGGCACACAAGUCUAUCCCCAAGUCAAUGCUCACAAUCAUCAACACUUGUUUUGCCUUCGUCUCAACCCCAUGGUCGAUGGUUUGGAUAACUCGGUCGCCGUUAAUGAUGCCGUUAGUGGUGACGGUCUUCCCGGAUCCAAAGAAAACUACUACGGUAAUGCCUUUACCAAUAAACGUACCGUCGCCAAGACCGUCAAAGAAGCCAUCAGCGACUAUGAUGGUACUACCUCCCGUACUUGGGAGAUUUGCAACCCCAACAAAUUGCAUCCUUACUCCAAAAAGCCCGUCUCCUACAAGCUUGUCUCUCGUGAAGUCCCUCCAUUGCUGGCUCGUCCUGGCUCCUUGGUCUCCAAUCGAGCUGGCUUUGCCCGUCAUCAUAUGCAUGUCACCCCUUACAAGGAUGGCCAACUCUAUCCCGCCGGUGACUACGUUCCUCAAACCUCUGGUGAGCCUUCCAAGGGCUUGCCCGAAUGGAUCGAAGAGAACCAAGAUGGAAAUGUAGAAAACAGUGAUAUUGUCGUUUGGCACACCUUUGGUAUUACCCACUUUCCCGCACCUGAAGACUUCCCUGUAAUGCCUGCUGAGCCCAUCAGUCUUCUUUUACGUCCUAGAAACUUCUUCCUCCGCAAUCCCGCUUUGGACGUUCCUCCAUCCCGUAACGUAUUGACCUCCAAAGUGAAGGCUGACCAAGAAAAAUCUUCUCACCGUGGCCAAGACUUACUAAAAAGUCUUACAGAUGCAACUUCUAGACUCGCAUUUGGUGAACCCUACUUUGAUCACCAAAAUGAACAAAAGAAGGACUGUCACAGCUGUCAUGAAUAA